AGUUUUCAUUGCUGCAAGUGGUGCUAAGGGACCUUUUCCGUCUGGGGGAGGAGUUACGACAUAAGAGGGAGGAGUGUCCGUCGUGAUCAGACUCUCCAGCUGUGAGGAACCAGAGUCUUUAUUACACGUCACACGUUCUGUAUUCUCAUCUAUCACAAAGCAUGGACAUGGACGGAAGUCACAGGACUGAGAGGAUAAUAAAUAUCACCAUGGAGAUCAUCUACCUGCUGACCGGAGAGGAUUACACAGUAGUGAGGAAGACAUCCGGUGAGUAUGAGACACCCAGCAGCCGUCUCCGCGUGUCAGGAGGACUGAGCAGGACCCAGAGCCCCAUCACGGUGCCUCAACCUCACUCACUGAUACAUGAGAGACACAAUGACCAGAAAAUCCUGGAACUCGCCAACAAGAUCAUUCAGCUGCUGACUGGAGAGGAGGGGGAGAAUAUAGAGGAACACAGGGGUCUGUACAAGGACGUGAUGAUGGAGAAUCACCGGCCCCUCACAUCACUGGAUGGGCCCAGUAACAGAGAUACCCCAGAGAGAUGUCCCCGUCCUCUGUAUUCCCAGGAUUGUACAGAGGAGAAUCACAGGACCCCACAGGAGGAUCAGUUAGAACACCUGUCUGAUAUUAAAACAGAAGAUAUAGAGGGAGAAGAAGAGACGUAUGUGACUGAUAUGAAGACAGAAGAUAUAGAGAAAGAAGAAGAGACGUAUGUGACUGAUAUGAAGGGAGAAGAUAUAGAGGGAGAAGAAGAGACGUAUGUGACUGAUAUGAAGGCAGAAGAUACAGAGGGAGAAGAAGAGACGUAUGUGACUGAUAUGAAGGCAGAAGAUAUAGAGGAAGAAGAAGAGACGUAUGUGACGGAUAUGAAGGCAGAAGAUACAGAGGGAGAAGAAGAGACGUAUGUGACUGAUAUGAAGGCAGAAGAUAUAGAGGGAGAAGAAGAGACUUAUGUGACUGAUAUGAAGGCAGAAGAUAUAGAGGGAGAAGAAGAGACGUAUGUGACUGAUAUGAAGGCAGAAGAUAUAGAGGAAGAAGAAGAGACAUAUGUGACUGAUAUGAAGGUAGAAGAUAUAGAGGGAGAAGAAGAGACGUAUGUGACUGAUAUGAAGGCAGAAGAUAUAGAGGGAGAAGAAGAGAUGUAUGUGACUGAUAUGAAGGCAGAAGAUAUAGAGGGAGAAGAAGAGACGUAUGUGACUGAUAUGAAGGCAGUAGAUACGGAGGGAGAAGAAGAGCCGUAUGUGACUGAUAUGAAGGCAUUAGAUACGGAGGGAGAAGAAGAGACGUAUGUGAGAGGUGAUCAGCAGUGUAAGGAGGAGAAAAUUCCUACAGAUAUCAGCACAGCAGAUGGACACACAAGCAGGAAUAUCUCAGAAGGACAUCUAAUGUUAUCCCCGGAUUGUGAAAAAAAAGAUAAUGACAGUAGACCGGAUUCUCCAAGAGAUGAUCCUAUUACCCCAAUUAUACAUCCAGCUCUAUCAGCUGGUCCCUCUGAUCCUGGGAAAUGUUCUCCUGAUCACUCUGAUAUUGGUGCAUCUGUUACAGCUCUGACAGUAGAUACAGUGUUUCCCUGUUCUAUAGAUGCCAAAUGUUUUACACAGAACACAAACCUUAUUACCCAUCAAUCAGCUAAGGCAAGCGAGAGACUAUUACCAUGUUCUGAGUGUGGUAAGUGUUUUCCAUACAAAUCAGAUCAUGUUAAACAUCAGGGAAGCCACACAGGUGAGAAGCCAUUUUCUUGUUCUGAGUGCGGGAAAUGUUUUACACGGAAAUCAGGUCUUGUUACACAUCAGGGAAGCCACACAGGUGAGAAGCCAUUUUCUUGCUCUGAGUGUGGGAAAUGUUUUACACGGAAAUCAGGUCUUGUUACACAUCAACGAAGUCACACAGGAGAGAAGCCAUUUUCCUGUUCUGAAUGUGGGAAAUGUUUUAUAAGUAAAUUAUAUCUUGUUAGACAUCAGAUAAUUCACACAGGUGAGAAGCCAUUUUCUUGCUCUGAGUGCGGGAAAUGUUUUACCCUGAAAUCAAAUCUUGUUACACAUCAGAGAAGUCACACAGGUGAGAAUCCAUUUCAAUGUUCUGAGUGUGGGAAAAGUUUUACACACAAAUCAAAUCUUGUUAAGCAUCAGAGAAGUCACACAGGUGAGAAGCCAUUUUCUUGCUCUGAGUGCGGGAAAUGUUUUACCCUGAAAUAUAGUCUUGUUACACAUCAGAGAAGUCACACAGGUGAGAAGCCAUUUUCUUGCUCUGAGUGUGGGAAAUGUUUUACCCUGAAAUCAAAUCUUGUUACACAUCAGAGAAUUCACACAGGUGAGAAUCCAUUUCCAUGUUCUGAGUGUGGGAAAUGUUUUACCCAGAAAUCGCAACUUGCUUCACAUCAGAGAAGUCACACAGGUGAGAGGCCAUUUCCAUGUUCUGAGAAAUAAAUCAGCACACAAUAGACAUCACUCAGGUGAGGAACCAUUUUAUUCUUCUGGAGUAUACUUAUCAUUGCCAUGUAACAUUCAAGGUUCUUAUCCUAUCUCCCAUGCUUUUUGCAAUACACGUGCUACCACUGGGUGAAACAGACAUCAUGUCCUCGUUUACCACUGCUAUGCCGAUGACUGGUCUUUUGCUCUGGGUACUGAGAACCCAAUACCAAUCCUAAAUGUCUAGCUGAGCUCCAGGUGUGGGUGAUGCCGGUUGGCUGUGACUCAAUGCUGGUGAAACAGGUCCUUAUGAUAGAAGCUCACGACAAAGGGCAGGGCUACAGCUCAGCUUUGCUUACCAACCAGACUUACACUUGGGGGUUCAGAGUUACAAAAUGCUGAUCAUGUGCGGAAUCUUUGUGUCCUGGAUGGUGGAGUGACAUUUAGACAUCAGGUAUCAGCCACAAUCAGAUCCUCAUCUGAGGAACAUAGCCAGACUCCAGCACUUAUUUCCCUCAGAACCCUCAGAAGACCUACAGUCAUACAUGCAUUUGUAACAUCACACAUAGAACACUGUAAUGCCCUCUACCUGGGUCUCCCAGCAAAAGAAUUGCAGCACUUGUAGCUUGUACAGAAUGCAGCAGCCAGGCUGUUACCUAACCAGCCCGUUCCUGCCACAUACCACCCAUUCUCUGCUCCCUCACCGGCUGCCUGUAAGAUGGUGACUCUGGGCCUGAUUCAGGUUGGUUUGCAGUGUGCGAUCCAACCAGAAUUAUUGAGAAAACAUUGCAGGCGCAGCACCCAUCCUGCGCAUGCGUCCUCAUUUUCUUUGGGGGGAGCAGAACAUGUGAUUGGCCCUGCCUGUCAAUCAGGCAGAGGUGGUCGCUGGGGGGCAGGUAACGCUCCAUUUCCAGGGAUUAGACUGGGCAUUGUAGGACAAACGAGGGCGUGAUCACGUCUGCUACGUGACAUCACACGCAGCUGCCACGAUCGAGAACGUGGUGUGCCAACUGCGGGUGCAGCUAAGCUGAACCAAUAGGAGGCUUCACUAAUUUCUAUGAUGGAGCAGAAAUUGUGAGGCGAUCGUAAUUUCUGCUUCAUCAAGGGGGGAGGUGGCAGUCAGCAUGCUAGGAAAAGGAUUGCAAACGCUGCUAAUUAGCAGCACCAUAUUACAGAAUCUUACUAACUCUCCGAGCCUUACAUGACCAGGGUCCAUGGUACCAGAAGCAGCUUCUGACUCCUUACUGCCCUGGUUACAGCCAUCUGUUGAUGAAGGACUGUUAGCAGUACCAUAAAUGCCCAAGCAGUGCUUAGAUGUCAGGGGGAGACAGGGUGGGUGGCAGUAGUGCAGUCGCGGGGCUGCUGCAGGCAGUGGGUAAUAUUGUCCCCAAUCAGCGCUGAGGUGGCAGACAGGACGAGUGGCAGUAGUGGGGGCUGCUGGAAGCAGUGUGUAAGUGGGUAAUGUUGUCCCCAAUCAGCGCUGAGGUGGCAGACAGGGCGAGUGACAGUAGUGGGGGCUGCUGGAGGCAGUGUGUAAGUGGGUAAUAUUGUCCCCAAUCAGUGCUGAGGUGGCAGACAGGACGAGUGGCAGUAGUGGGGCUGCUGGAGGCAGUGUGUAAGUGGGUAAUAUUGUCCCCAAACAGUGCUGAGGUGGCAGACAGGACGAGUGACAGUAGUGGGGGCUGCUGGAGGCGGUGUGUAAGUGGGUAAUAUUGUCCCCAAUCAGCGCUGAGGUGGCAGACAGGACAAGUGACAGUAGCGGGGCUGCUGGAGGCAGUGUGUAAGUGGGUAAUAUUGUCCCCAAUUAGCGCUGAGGUGGCAGACAGGACGAGUGGCAGUAGUGGGGGCUGCUGGAGGCAGUGUGUAAGUGGGUAAUAUUGUCCCCAAUUAGCGCUGAGGUGGCAGACAGGACGAGUGGCAGUAGUGGGGCUGCUGGAGGCAGUGUGUAAGUGGGUAAUAUUGUCCCCAAUCAGCGCUGAGGUGUCAGACAGGAUGAGUGGCAGUAGUGGGGCUGCUGGAGGCAGUGUGUAAGUGGGUAAUGUCCCCAAUCAGUGCUGAGGUGGCAGACAGGAUGAGUGGCAGUAGUGGGGGCUGCUGGAGGCAGUGUGUAAGUGGGUAAUAUUGUCCCCAAUCAGCGCUGAGGUGUCAGACAGGAUGAGUGGCAGUAGUGGGGGCUGCUGGAGGCAGUGUGUAAGUGGGUAAUAUUGUGCCCAGUCAGUGCUGAGGUGGCAGACAGGACGAGUGGCAGUAGUGGGGGCAGCUGGAGGUAGUGUGUAAGUGGGUAAUAUUGUCCCCAAUCAGCGCUGAGGUGUCAGAGGGGGAGACAGGGCGGAUGGCCGCAGUGCAGUACCAGGGGCUGCUGGAGGCAGUAAAGAGGUGUAUGGGUCCCGCACAGAACCAAAUAAUAAUUAGACUUAAUGAUGAUUAUGCUUCCUUAUGUCUAAUUAAUCCCUUGUAUGUGAUAAUUUAUUGUUAUUUGCUGUGUCAGCCUUUAUGUGUGUUCUGUGUAAUAAUCCUGAAAGUACUGGUGCUACCGAUCUCGCAUCAUUUGUAGUAACUUGGAAAAGAUGAGAUAUGAGAUGCACGCUGGAAGCUUGUAGGGAGUUAAUCAGAGAUAGACGCAGAUGUGACAUCACUCAGCCCCCUGGAAAAUGGUCCCGGCCCGCGUUCACCCCUCAGGGAUGCGACCGCAAUGUGUGUGUCCGCACGGCCGCUGCGCAUGUGCAUUUUGCCACCACCAGCAAACUGCUGCGGGCAGCUAUUGCAGCUGGGUCUGAAUGUCCCCCCUAAGGCUUUUGGCUCUCCUGAUAUGUAUCUGUUUUACUUACCUGCAAUACUAAAACAUAACUUGAAUUGUUUCUGUGCUUUAAAGGAUAUUUCUCAUACGUCCUAGAGGAUGCUGGGGUCCACUUUAGUACCAUGGGGUAUAGACUUCUGCAGGAGCAAUG